AUGCGGCCACUGGCCGGCCGAGCGCGGCUCCCGCGCGCCUUGAUGCUACUGGCCGCGCUGCUGGUCACUGGCCUAGGGUUCCCACUGAGGAAGCGAGGUCCCGGGCCCCACGGCCACUCGAGGAUGGCGGAGCCUUCACUGGCCCCAGAUCUCAACUCCCCCAAGGAUAAGGAGACAACACCAGGAUUCCCUGGAGACCAGCUGCAGACAGAACCAUGUCAACCCAGAUGUCAGACCAUCCCUGAGCCAGCAGCUCUGACUCUGGGUACAGCCACCCCUCCCAGGACCCUAGAACACACAUCCCUGCUGCUGGAGCUGCAGAAGCUGCCAGGGUUGGCCAACACAGACUUGAGUGCACCAAACCCCAAUAUCCAGGUGACCAUCGAGGUGGUUCAGGACCCUCAGACUGAGGUAGAGAUGGACCUGCCUUCUGAGCCCAGCAAUCUCUGGCCCCUGCAUGCCCCUAGCUGGUUGCCCACAAAGGAACUCUUUUGGCCCCUCUUCUGGGGCUACCAGGAAGGUGAAGAAGGAGCCACCAGCCUCAAAGACAGGGCUCUAGGGGAAGCAGAGGAGGAAGAAGGAACAGACUAUGCUCUGGAGUACAUCGAGAGUGAGGACCAAGGGGGCACUGAAGAUGAGGAUGAAGAGCCUUGGUCCAGUGGGGCCGUAGACAACUGGGACUAUGACUGGUUGGGUCCUCAGGACCGGGACUUCCAGGAAUCAGACAGCUAUGACUAUGCACCUCAGGAGGAGUGGAGCACCUGGUCUCCUUGCAGUGGGAGCUGCAGCAACGGCCACCAGCAGAGGACAAGGCCCUGCGGCUAUGCCUGUACUGCCACAGAGUCCCGAGUCUGCGACCUUCCCCCCUGUCCUGGCACCGCAGAGGAGAACACAUUGGGCUUUCCCAGUGAGGGGUGGCAGCCCCUUGCCCACAAUGCUACGGAUAUGCUUGAUCCAGAUGUGGAUAGCUGUGAGAAGUGGUUGAACUGCAAGAGUGACUUCCUAGCUAAGUACCUGAGCCAAGUGCUCAAGGACCUGCCCAGUUGCCCGUGUGCAUACCCACUGGAGGCGGUGUACAGUGCCGUGAGCUUACAGGAUGAACAUCAGGGCCGCAGCUUCCAAUGGCGGGAUGCGAGUGGCCCACGGGAGCGCCUGGACAUCUACCAGCCUACGGCGCGCUUCUGCCUGCGCUCCGUGCUGUCUGGCAAGAGCAGCACAUUGGCUGCCCAGCACUGCUGCUAUGAUGAAGGCAGCCGGUUGCUGACCCGUGGCAAAGGAGCAGGAGCUCCGGACCUAGUCAGCACCGACUUUUCACCUGAGCUACACUUCAAGGUAGAUACACUGCCCUGGAUCCUGUGUAAGGGGGACUGGAGCCGUUACCACACUGUGCGCCCCCCCAACAACGGCCGGGCCUGCGCAGACAACCCACCAGAGGAAGAGUACCUGGCUCAACUGCAGGAGGCCAAAGAAUACUGAAGAGGAAUUAGAGAAUGGUCCUUCUGCCCUUUACCCUGCCUCUGUCCAGAUUGGGCAAGUAUUAGGGUCCAUCUGAGAGGCCAUUAGGCAUGCAUACCCCCCUCUUGUGAUCCUGAGUCAGGAGAACCCAGGCAUCUCAAGGUCUAGUGAGAGGGUAUGUCAGGCAUAAGGUCCCUGGGAUGUGUUGGGAAUGUGUCUGAAGGGGAGUGAAGGAGAGGAGCUAUCCCAGUCAGGCCACAAGCCCUUUCCCCUUUUUCUCAGAACGGGGCCCUUCCACCUUUCGCUCUGUUAAGGAUUGAGCCAGGGUGGUCCAGAUACAUCCCAGUUCCCAGGAUCUUCUGUGAAUCCCUUAGAUCCCCAUCCUAUGGCUACUUGUGGAAGAACACAGGGAGGGCUGGGGCAAGAAAGGACGGUCCUUUCAUCUGACUCUACAGAUGCUUUUUGCUGGGCUAACAGAACUGGGGUGACCACCCCUCUUUGUGGCACACAGCUUCUACCCUGUCCCACGCUGUGAGGCCAUCGGUGGGCUCAAGAAGUCAGCGGAGCUGAGGGGAGAUUGGUUCCAGGUAGGGAACCACCAGCUGUUUCUGGUCCUUCUUUGUUCAGUCCCCAGAUGACAGCCAUGGCAGCCAGGCUUGGGAGGAGCUCAGUACUACGGGUGGGCUCAGGAGGGUAUCAUCUGCCUGUAUCCAGGGCAAACAGUCUCAAUGUCGGAUGUGGGCCAUUCUGUGGUGUUGGUACCCACACCAGUGGCCCACUUUAUGUCCCCAACGUGGCGCCACUGAAAGCACUGGACUUGGACUUGGGAGAUGUGUGCCUUGGCUCCCAGCACACCCGUGCUCUUCCCAAACUACACUUCCUUGGUUUCUCUGGAGCUGAAAUACUGUAGACUUUCUGUCUCCACUCACAAAUCCUCCAAAAGGGCUUGGUAGGGAACUUGAGUCCAGCCCCAUCCACAGCUGUCCGGAAGCUGUCCUGGGAUUCUCAGCAAUAAAGCACUUUAUUUUCACAUA